UAAACGAACGAAAUAUGGGUAGAAACGAGUUCGAAAAUAAUGUUUACAUUGCACAAAAUAGCGGCAACGAGCCACGCUACCCUGACUAUGCACCAAAUUCAGUUAGCGAUCCCGCACUCGAUCCAUACCAGCACGUAGAGGUGGAAGAAGUGAAUAGCAGCCAGGCCAUUGUGGCCAAUUCGGAUGCAGGAAGUAGUGCAACACAGCAGUUGAAUCCGCUCAGACGACAUUUUAUAUUAGAACCACCAAUAUUUCUAAUCUAUUUCGCGCAAUCUUUAGCAUCGGUGGUCUUCACCAAUCAAUUGCUUUAUCAAUCUUGUAAGGUUAUAUUUGGAUAUGCCGAAGCAGAAUGUCAGCCAAUGUUGGGCAUUACGAAUGCAACUACAAAUUCGCAAAUCGAAAAGCAAGUGCAACCCUACGUUUCGCGCAUAAUAUUAGCCAAUUCGUUGAUCUCCAGCAUCAUCCCUGCCAUAUUGGCGCUCUUUAUUGGCGCUUGGUCUGAUCGUUUUGGCCGUCGACCGGUGCUGAUAAUUUCACUAAUCGGUAUGUGCGUGGGCUACUUUAUCGGUUUCAUUUUGGCUAUGGUAUCCGCGAACUCUCCCACGAAUCCUUGGCUGUAUGUUAUUGCUCAAAUCCCAGCUGCGGUGACUGGAUCAACCUGCGCUUUCUCGAUUGUAUGUUACUGUUAUAUAGCUGACGUGGCACCACCACAAUUGAAAGCUCUAAAAAUGGUUUUGAAUGACGCCGCUGAUGGUGCUGGCUCUGUUAUCGGCACACUGGCUGGCAGUGCGCUCUUCGCGAAAACUAGCAUGCAAGUCGUAUUUGCGGUGUCGGCAUUGGCGUUGCUGGUAGCUACGCUCUAUGUUUACUUUGUGAACGAGGAGAGUCUGAAGGUCGAGCACACCUCACUGGGACAUAAACUAUGUCAGUUCUUCAGCCUUAGCCAUGUUGUUGAGUUAGUGCGCACCUGCGCUGCCAAACGGGCCAACCACAUGCGCACUUUCAUCUGGCUUACUAUGAUUGCGCUGGUUAUUACCAAUUUCACAACGGCUGGCGAAAGUAAUGUCUUCUACUUGUUCGUACGCGCCAAAUUCAAUGCGACAGUCAGUCAGUACAGUGAUUACAAUUCUAUCAGCGACGCCAUUCAAAUCGUUGGUGGCAUUAUUGCAAUUGUGGCAUUUAGAAAGUAUUUGCAAUUCUCCUUCGUUACCAUGGCUAUGCUCACGCUGCUCUCUGCCGUUUUCGAGAGCACAGUGCGCGCUGCCGCGCAACAGUUCUGGCAAAUGUACCUGGGUACAGCGCUUGGCUUCAUGUCUGGCAUCAUUACUCCGAUGUUGCUGACAAUUCUCGCCUUUGUUACACCUACAAAUGAAACUGGGAAGGUUUUCUCAGUAAGCACUUCCCUCUCCACAAUCACUCCAUUGGGUGCGUCACCACUUUACACCUCCGUUUAUGAUGCCACGCUCUCCUAUUAUCCGGGCAUGUUUAAUAUUAUCAGCGCGGUGCUUUAUUUCAUUAGUUUUGUUCUUGUUUUUGUCGUAUUCUUCGUAUCGAAACGCAAGGCGAUAACUGUUAGUCCACCAAGCCCAGCUAGAAAUUUAAAUAAUAAAAAAAGAAUAAAAAUAGAAAUGGUUUCUUUUGAAAUGAAAACACCACCUGCUCAGGACAAGUCGUCCAUACAACACACUUCACAAGCCGUCGAAAAUGUUAUUGCCGAAAAACCAGCCGAAGGUCCCGCACCGUUCCCUUCCAACAAUGCAAUGCAGGAAACUGAUUCGGAAGAUUUAAGUAACAAAACAGUUUCAGCGAUAUCACAAAAAAGGACUAUUGUGGAACCCGCAGUGUUUCUGAUAUAUGUUGCUACAACAAUUGCUAGUGCCGUUUUGCAAAAUCAACUACUUUUCCAAACCUGCGUCGCCGUUUACGAUUACGAUGAACAAGUCUGUGAGCCACUCCUGGGCGUUAAGUCAAAAAAUGAAGAGGCUAUUGUCAUCGAAACUAAAGUGCAACCGUAUGUGGCUCGCAUUAUAAUGGCAAACUCAUUGAUCAACAGUAUUUUACCUGCACAGCUUUGCUUAUUUAUUGGGGCUUGGUCUGAUAAAUUUGGGCGUCGACCCAUACUCAUAGCAACUUUUUCAGCUGCGUUACUGGGGCAUAUUAUAAUGGCAUUCCUAGCCGGCAUCUCAGUGGCGACGCCAAUAAAUCCCUGGGUUUACAUUAUAUCGAGCAUACCGUUGGCAGUGACUGGAGGCACAUGUGCCUUAAUAACAAUGGUGUUUUGCCUAGUUUCCGACGUGUCUGACGAAGUGGGCAAAGCUAGACGGAUGUUCCUUGUGGAUGGAGCUUUGGGCAUUGGCACACUUGCCGGCAAUCUAAUUAGCAGUUACAUUUUGUCCGCAACCGGUACCAUCGGCGUUUUUGGCAUAGCCGCCGGGCUCGACUUGGUUGCGUUACUGUAUUUGCUGAUAUUUGUUGGAGAAAGUCUGAAGUUGAAACACGAACGAAAGGAAUCGAAAGUACGAGAAUUCUUCAAAUUCGAUUUAAUAAAGGACCUGGUAAAGAGUUGUAUAAGACGCAGACCACACUUUGAUCGUGGCGUAAUUUGGUGUAUAAUUUUCACCUUAGUCAGCACAACUUUCGUUACGCAGGGUGAAACGAAUGUGUUCUAUCUUUUUCUGCGCAACAAAUUCAACGUCACUCUACAGGACUUCACCACCUUUAACGCUGUCGCGAUCGUCAUCAAAAUGGUUGGAUGUGCCAUCGUUUUAGUUUUACUGCGCGUGUUAUUUAAGGUGCCAAUAACAGUAGUGUCCAUGUUGGGCUUAGCUGGUUGCUUUCUGGAUAGUGCAACACGCGCACUCGCACAGCAGUUUUGGGAAAUGUAUUUGGCCGCCUUAAUGGGUUUUAUGGGUGGAAUUAAUAGUCCUAUGCUGCAAGCGGUGCUUGCGGGUUUGGUAGACGCUACUGAAAUCGGUAAAAUUUAUGCAGUCAUCUCUUCCUUGCAAACACUUUCACCUCUGUUAUCGGCACCAGUUUACACUGGCAUUUACAAUGCCUCGCUGGAAACAUAUCCGGGUGCCUUUUUCGUUCUGAGCAGCGGGAUUUAUUUGAUAUGCUUCUUGCUUAUUACUGGCAUGACCAUUAUGCAGCGAUAUGGCGCUAGAGCACACAGAUCCCAAUCAGCCGCUGCAGUGCAAAUUUGAGAGAAUCACUGCUAAUUGAAUUUAUGUAGCUAAUCGUAUUAUACACUUUACAGUUAUCAAAUCGAGUGACCUGCAACGAAAAGCAACUAUGUUGUGAGAAAUUACGUAUCUGAUAUAUUUGGAUGCUGUUGAGCCUAGAAAAUUUAGAAUAAAUGUUAAGCAUGAUUUUGUUGUUUGGUUGCAACAUGAUUGAUUUGGCUAACGAGUAGAAUAAUUAUGCAGUAAUAUUUGUAUUUAGCAGUUAGUCUUAGCUCAUAUUUGAACACAGAAAUUGUAUGUAGAUGUAUGUACAGUUGCGAACAAGAAAAUAGAAAUACCAAAGAAAUAUUAGAUUUUUUCCAAAAAAAUUUUAUA